AACCCCACACAACGGCCGACCCCACGGCCACAGAGGCGCAAACAAGUCUCUUCAAUUCCAUAUCUCCACCACCCGAUACGUCAAACCCUUCUGCGUCCUCCUCCUCUAGUUGAGGAAUCUUAUAAGCUGUUCUCUUUUGAUCACCACUUGCUUUCCUCGAUCGUUCGCCUCCGGCGGUUGGACCUUUGGGGAGGGGGAAGGGGGGAUUCUUAACCACCCCUUGAUCCGUCUAUAUUUUCCUUCGGACCUUGGGUGUUCGUCCCGAUUGCGAUGGCUGCUCCACCUGCAAGAGCUCGAGUCGACUACGAUUACCUCAUCAAACUUCUCCUGAUCGGCGACAGCGGUGUUGGGAAGAGUUGUCUCCUUUUGCGUUUCUCUGAUGGCUCGUUUACGACAAGUUUCAUUACUACUAUUGGUAUUGAUUUUAAGAUAAGAACUAUUGAGCUGGAUGGCAAGCGAAUUAAACUUCAAAUUUGGGAUACUGCUGGUCAGGAGCGCUUUCGAACUAUAACAACCGCUUACUAUAGAGGUGCCAUGGGAAUUUUGCUUGUUUAUGAUGUCACUGACGAGUCGUCCUUUAACAACAUAAGGAAUUGGAUCUGCAACAUUGAACAACAUGCUUCUGAUAAUGUCAACAAGAUUCUUGUUGGUAACAAGGCUGACAUGGAUGAAAGCAAACGGGCUGUGCCGACCGCAAAGGGACAAGCACUGGCUGAUGAAUAUGGAAUCAAGUUUUUUGAAACAAGUGCAAAGACAAACCUAAAUGUGGAGCAGGUCUUUUUUUCGAUAGCUAGAGACAUCAAGCAAAGACUUGCAGAAACUGAUACCAAAGCUGAGGAUCGGACGAUCAAGAUUAACAAACCGGACCAGGCAGCUGCCGAGGGUACCGCAGCAGCGAAAUCAGCAUGCUGUGGGUCUUGAGAAAGCGAUCGGAGAGGUGGUGGAUGGAUUGGAUGUAUCAUCUGGGAACUAAUUUGCUUAUGGUACUUCACUGAUGCUAGGAAUAUAAUGAACAUAUGGUGGGUGAUUGUAAUUUUAAUCCUCCCAUGUGUUUUUCAUACGUUGGUUCUUAGAGACUGGCGAAGUAAUCUGACAUUUAUUUCCUUUUGGGAUUGGAACUCCUUACAUUGCAUGCCAUAUGUUCUUAUGACGACAGUAAUUUGGGUUCUACCAGAACGGGGGAUGUAAUUAUAUUGUUCGUCUUUGGCAGCUCAUACAUUCUACUA